UCCAGAAGGUUUAUGCGACCAAUAAAUUUAGGGUUUUUCACUCCAAUGUUCCCCUUUCCGGUAAAAUUUUAGUUUCUCAACGCAAUCACAGCUUUCUUUCUCAAUUUAUCUUCACGUUGUUUAAGUUGGUGUUCGAAGAUGCGGUCCCAAUCUCUGUCUUUCUCAGUGUAAUUUUAGGGUUUCGUGUUUAUAAGUUUUUCUUAAAUCUGUUAGACCAAUGUCGAGUGGUUUUGGAGAAUCAACGAAAUCAGCAUCAUCCUCUGAAGAGAACAGUUCCAUUAUCGAUGCCGGUGAUUUCAAUUGUAGCAUUUGCUUCGAUUUUGUUCAGGAACCAGUGGUGACGCUCUGUGGUCAUUUAUUCUGUUGGCGAUGUCUCUAUAGGUGGUUACAUCAUCGUUCUCGUCCUAAAGGAUGUCCUGUUUGCAAAGCUGUUGUUGAGGAAGAGAAAUUGGUUCCUCUUUAUGGUAAAGGAAAAUCGGUAACUGAUGAUCCGAGACUGAAAUCAUAUCUUGGAAUGGAGAUUCCUCCUCGUCCUUUCGGACAGAGGCCACAAACUGUUGAGGUUCAUGAGGAUGAUGAUGAGGAUGAUGAGGAGGAGGAUGAUGAUGAUGAUGAUGAUGAUGAUGAUGAUGAGGAAGAGGAUGAGGUGGAAUUUGUUCAGGCAGAGGUGUUGGUUGAGGAAGAGGAAGUUGUUGAGGAAGAGGAAGAGGAAGCUGAGGAUCCAGACUAUGUUGCUGCUCCUGACACUCCAUUUUUGCUGCGUGCGCGCUUGGAGUCUAGCGAACAGCGUUUCAAGGAGUAUCGUGAGUCUACAGAGCAGCGUUUCAAUGAGUAUAAUGAGUUUAUCAAUGAGUUUAAGGAGUUUCGCGAUGAGUAUAGGGAGUUUCGUGAGGCUCUGCAGCCACGUUUGGAGCAGAUUGAGCAGCGUAUCAAGGAUAUCAACGAGUGUCGUGUGGAGGCAGAGCAGCGUAUUGAACAGUGUCGUGCAGAGGCAGAGCAGCGUAUUGAGCAGUGUCGUGCGGAGGCAGAGCAGCGGAUCAAGGAGUGUCGUGCGGAGUAUGGUGCUGAUACAGAGUAGUGUUUCCAGAGUAUCAAUAAUUAGGUUUAAAAUUUGGAUUAGUGUUUUUAGUGAUAUUGUUAGUUAUAUACUUAGUUUUUUGUUCUGAAUGAAUAUCUUCUAAUGCUGUAUUGUUCUCAUUGCAUAUUUCUGGAAAGUGUUCAUGCAUAUAAAACCUUGUUUUUUUAACUCUA